AUGGUUUCCACAAGGGUGGGCAAAGAUAUGAUUUCCCACAGCAAUUCAAGCGUUCGAUCCACAGAACGGGUGCGAAUAUCACCUCGAUCUCAUGUCCUCCAAUACGAAGUUCAGCUCAAAGAGCUAUUUGAAAAGUAUCCCACCCAACCCAGUCGAGAACGAGCUUCUGGAUGUUUUGCCAUUCUCAGCGAGAUUAUUCCUUUCUUGGGCACUCUGGGUCCCAUUGUCCGGUUAAUCAAGGAUGAGCUGUAUAGUUCAGUGUACUCAGAGGACCUCACAUCGUCGUCAGAGGAACCCUUUGUGGAAAGAUUACCCUAUUUUAGUGCUGUGAAUCGGAUCUGUGAGGCGAGAACAACCGAAGGCGUGAAAACCACUGAAACCCUCACGGAACUCCAACAAAAGCUCAAAUUCCGCGAAUACGACCUCCAAAUCCUCCAACGCAAAAAUCUCGCUCUAAAGCAAGAAAUUAGCGAUCGUGAAGCGAGCGAACGAAAAUUGAGAGAGGAGAUCUCGGGAUUGGAGGAAGUUAUUCGAAAGCAGGAGGGUGAGAAGGGGAGUCUGAAGACUGUGCAUACCAAGGCUGAGGAAGGGUUGAAGCGUGUUAUUGAGGAUUUGCAGACGUCACUUGCUCAGUCAAACCAUAUUAUCGAGAAAUUGACCGUUUUCAAGUCCGCUUAUGAUGAACCUACGGAAGAGGGAACAUAUGAGGAAGAAAAAGACAAAAGCAAGCAACAAUUAGUCAUUGAUUCCCAGGGCAUGGUCGAAUACGAUAUUUACCAAGCGGAGCGCCUGGAAGAGCAGUUUGCUGAUAUUCUAAACUGGCAGUUGGACGACUACGAAUCUGCGCUGGCGCAGCUUCGUAAAAAGCGGGAAAUUCUAGCAGGUGUUACGACGAACGAAGAGGAGAGGGAGGAGUCCUACAGGAUUGAGCUCAACGAUAUUGUCAAUGGGUUUAAAAAACGUGUCGCGGAUUUAUUGGAGGAGCAGCAACUAUUGAAGAAGCACAUCCAGGCACUCAAGAUUGUAUUGGCCAAUUAUGCUGGGGACAAAUUAAUGGCUGCCGUCCAAAGAACUGCUGAUGAAGCGUUGCGAAAAUACGCAUUCGCACUUCAUUACUCGGAAGAUGACGGACAAACGUUUUAUCCCUGCAAAACGAUGCAAUACUGUAACAAAUGUGGUGACAGGACAGUUGUUUGUCCCCACAGGACAUUGUACAGCGAAACUGUUCGAAUACCCUUAGGCAUCACACAUCUGAAAUUUACACACCCUUCCUUGCGCCUCCGGACGAAUUUCAACCGCCUGACUUUUGAAGCCAAUCUCGCCAACAGACUGGUAGAGCCAUCGGAGGAAACUUGGGUGACAGAGGAUGAAAGCAUGGAGGUAUCCAAAUCGUUUAAAAAGAUAUGGCAAGGAUUUUACGAGAGUCGAGGAGGAACAAGACCUCGCAUCAGCCGCCCCAUACCCCUCAACAAGUUGCUUGGGUUUAUCCAAGAGAUUUACGAUACCCGAUGGGCGUUUGAGGAAGAUAUCGAAAAGGAUUUGCAGCGUGAUCGGGCGUUGACCAAAUUUGUGGACUUUUUCUAUGAACUGAUGGAAAAUCGAUACCAAAUCAAGGAGAUUGCGCGAAAAGCCAUCCACGACAUAUUCACCGCUCUGCAGCACAACGAGGAGACUUCUUCAGCUGUUGCUAUUUUUGUUCGUCAUCUCAGUGAAGAAGAAGAUGCCAUGUGGAAAUAUAUUACACUUGCACGCAAACUGUUUGCCACGUACGAGGUGCUCGACGCUGCAGCGUACCGGAAAAUCAUUCAAAUCAUCUAUCCGAGUAGAACGAAAGAGAUAUAUGAUCAAAUGGAGUUAGAGUUUGUCGCAUUCAGCAAGAAUCGAUUUUCGAAGGAGAUGGUGGAAGAGCACUUGAUGCACAUGCUGCGAACAAAUAUUGAGCCCAAUCAAAAGUUUUUCUUCCGCACAUUAAAACGCUUCGAUUACCAAGAACAAGGUUUCCUCAGCUAUGAUGACUUUGACGAAGCGUUGGGGCAGAUUCUCCCUGGUGCUCCAACCCGCAUGAAGCGCAUGCGAUACCGUCUCUCUGAGCUGGACGUGGGUAAAGACAUCGUUCCCCUAGAGCGACUGGCCCUUAUUGGAUCGUACAUUUCCCUCUAUUGCUGCUACUUGAGUCAUUGGGUCCCACAAGCGCUUGUCGCCACAGAUUUUAUGAAUGACGCCUAUUUUAGCUCGCCUGGAACUGCAGGCGAGAUGGGUGGACCGCGGAGCGGGCGAGAAACCUCGACACUGGGCGAUUCGCCAGAGGCUAACGCAGGGAUGCAAGAGGAGAUUGAGGACAUUUUACAUGGACAUGUGGAGAAUGACGUGCUGGACGAACAAGCCAUAGAGGAAGAGGCCAUGCGCAUGGCAAAGCGGGUUGCAAUCAUGCAAAGGAUGGAAAAGGAUACUGGAGAUGACGAAGAAGAUGAAGAUCAAUUAAGUGACCUCCCAAGCAUGCGUCUAUCAAUGGCAUAUCCGUGA